GUCUCACGUUGUGUCACAACGGAAGAUCCAUCCCACCUCGAUUUUCAUUCUAAGUCUGCAAGCCUUUUGUCCCUCAUCAACCAAGCUGCCAAUCAGGCGUUUCCUCUCUCAUCGGAUCACACCGUAUUGAUUGGUUAAUUGCCACGUCAUGCAGCACUGCCUACGAGGUGUGGCUGGGCAGGGAGCCUCUCACCAGGUCGAUACAACAGCUGCUGUUGGGCUUUCCCUUCCGUCGCAUGUUUUCAUGAGAUGAUAACUCCAAGACAUCGACCACAUUUACUUCACAAAGUCACCAAGAGGUCAACAACAAAUCUUUGCUUCAACAUAAUCUUUUCCUUGUCAUCGACACAAACCAGCUCAAUGAAUUUCAACGGACAAGACGUAAAGGCAUAUCAUGGAAGCCCACGAAGGUGGUGAGAGGGUUGGGGCAUGCAAUUCAGGCCCUGUCCAAACGACUGGCGAACGUUACCCGUAUCGACAACUCGACCAUGAAAAUACCAUCCGUCUUCUCUUCAUUACACCAGGCUCUGGUGAAGAGGCUAGCUCUACCUACUCCCUUUUACAUGCGGAGCUAGGCAUCAUCCCCUACCAAGCACUGUCGUAUGAAUGGGGAUUACCUAGUGAUGACGACCCAAAUAUCACCAUUGACGGCCACACGGUCAGGAUCCGCAAAAAUCUUUCCGAGGCACUCAAACAGAUCAGUUCGGUCAUCCGUUACCUCGACUUCCUGCUCCUUUGGAUCGAUGCACUGUGCAUCAACCAAAAUGACGAUGCCGAGAAAAGCCAGCAAGUUCGGGAGAUGGGGAAGAUCUUCUCAAGUGCGGAGCAGGUCCUUGCCUGGACUGGACCGAUGGCAAACGACAGCGACUAUGCGAUAGAUAUGCUCAACGCCGCGCCUCAGGAUCGCAUAUUUGAUACACAACUUCCCGAAAACUACCGUGCGAGGACAGCCAUUCUGGCCUGGUGCAAUCGUCCCUACUGGAAAAGGAUAUGGAUCAUCCAGGAACUCUUCCUAGCGAAAAGGCUUGUUUUCAUGUGCGGUUCUAGGUCCAUCUCCAGGCGCGGGAAUGUGGUUGCUAAUUGUCUCUGGGUCAUUCUUAAAACAAGUGAGAAAUCUCUACCCGUGGUCAAAUCAGACAAUGCUGAGUUCUGGGACACUGUGCUCUAUCGGGGAAAAAAUAAUUCAUACACCCUGCGGGACUGGCUUUAUGUUUGCGCCACUAGCCAGAUCAUGGCCUCCGACACAAGAGAUUAUAUUUACGCAGUACUCUCGAUAUCGCAUGAAACCCGCAGCUCCCUUGCUCAAAUCAUCCCUGACUAUACCAAAUCAGCCGAAACGGUUUUUGAGGAUUUAAACACCUUGAUGAUGGAUGAAAGGGCUCGAGAAGGAUGUGAAUCGUGUCUUGGCAAGGUUAAGACAUUCGAUUAUAUCCGGAACAAGACCAUCAAUCGGUGGUUGAUUAAGACACUGGGUCUAAACGUGCAAAUUGGGUGGCACGACGAAUCGCAAUACCCCUCUUGCAACUCUUGUGGACGUCCAGAGCGGGAAUACAGUAAGGGAGAACUUUCAGCUGUAAAAGUUCGAUCUGAAGGAAAAGAAUUCUGGACUUCCGAGGUCCACAGCCUGAAUUUCACCGCUAUGGUAGUUGAAAACCUAUGGCAGGGGGGAGGGUAGGGGUAGGAGGAGGAGGAGCCCGUGCCCGGAGUCAGAACAGUUGGCGGAGCGACCUACAGCAAACGCCAAAGACAGCAACGAAAUGACCAGCUCCAGGGAGGUCCUGAGUGAUUUCUAGCUGGCAGCAACAAUCCGGAAGUGGGAAUGGAAGUAUAGGUAACAUAUACAUGAUUGUUCCCUUACUAGCUCCUCCAACCACCAGCCAGCCGUCAGCCAAAUUCGAUAUCUGAUCCCAAGUCCCAAAUCCCUUGAGCUGCCUGCCCAUCAUCCAUCCACAUCUCGACCCCUAGCUAGGUGUACUCCUUCGAUCCAAGGCAUCACUCCCUUCACCUCUUCCAACUUCCUACCUACUCUUCCAACUUCCUAGCUCCCCAACCCCAUCGCAUGUGCACCCUAGAGGGUAACUUCCAACCGCAAUCUUUCCCCUUGCUCAAUCACCCACUCACACCUACACCCCCCACCCCCUCCCCCCUCCAAUAAGAAACCCACAACUCAUACACCCGACAAUACUCACACCCCGGCCAACUCGAAGGGUCCAUCCCAUGUAACUCGUCGUGUUCCUGAAUCUCCGCCGCCUCGAAAGAAGGCGGGGGUUCUCGCGGUGUGGGAAGUGGUCGUGGACGAGGAGGGACGAUCUGUCUCUCUUGAACAAGUUCUGCGUAGGACGGUAGAGGUAGGUCUGUCCUUCGAGAGGAGAGGCGGGCGUAGGGGGGCGGCGGCGGUGGUGGUAAAUGUAGAGUGAAUUCGGAUGUUGGAAAGAGUGGAGGGG